AUGCCAUACCUCCACACACCCCAGGCAUACCUGGAACAAUCUGCGCUACUACUCCAAGCAUAUCCGGAUAGCAGAAUAACAACAAAAUACUCCUUCCCCUCUCAACGCCCGACAGCCCUCAAAAAAGCCCAAGCCCGCCAGUCUCAACGCCAAGAACAGCAACAACAAUCACAGGAUACCGCUACAACACCCUCCCAAUCAACACCAGCGCCACAAACACCCGUCGCAACCCUCACAUUGAAAACCUACAACCCCGCCGCCGGAAUCUGUCUGCAGUAUCGCACGAAUAAAGCCGCCGAGGUUGGAAGGUUAAUUACGAGUCUGGGCAAGUUGGCUGGUGGUGCGGAUGUUGCGGCGCUGGGGUUGGGGGCUGCGCCUGCGACUGCUGCGGCGGCGGGGACUGCUGGGGAUGUUGAGAUGACGGAUGCGCCUGUUGCGGCUGAGGAGGGGAGUGCGGCGGCACAGACAGCGGGGCAGGCAGAAGGGAAACCCGAUGUCGGGGCUAAGGGUGGGAAGUCGAAGAGGAAGGGUAAGGGGAAGCGGUGA